AUGCCUGAAUGUAAUGGACGAAUUCUAAAAAAUAACUUUAAUCAAAACGAAAAUGUUGAUAUUUUCAAAACAUUGAAUCAAAACGAAUUUGUGUGUGUAUAUGGAUCAUUCAUUAUCGGAUCAAAUACAUCAAUAUCGGCAGAUGUUUUUUAUCCAAAACUAAAUUCGAAAUUACAAGUUCAACACACAAACAAUACUAUUGUUGAUCCAUUUGUUGUUACAAACAUAAUAGACAGUGAAGACAUUUAUACCGUCAUUUACGAUGUUAGUCCGUUAUCAAAAGUUUAUUGUUCGAACAAACUUCAAAACUGUGAAAUACAGAUAUCAUUUAUACCACAACCAUAUUCUAUUUCAACACAUAUUACAAACGACGGCGAGAAUAUUAAAAUUGAAGACGAAAACAUUGUUUACAUUUCGACAGAUGACAAAUUCUCUGUUGAUGAAAACGUUUCAUUAGAAAUCUCAAGUGAAUCUAUCAAAUAUAAAACAUUGUCAGUACUCCUUACUGGGAAUGAUAAAAAAUCACUUAAAUUCGAGAAAACUGAUAAAAUUCGAGAUUUAUUCACAUACAACUUAAGUUCUUCAGAAAUCAGAUCGAAUUGUAUUCUUUUCUACAGUUCAUCCAAAGACAUCGACUCAAUACAACCAACACCAACACCUCUUCCAACACCAGAACAAACAUUAUAUCAAACACCUUGUCAAACUCCUUUUAA